GAUCGCUCUUUUCUCAUAAAGUAGGAUGGCUAUAGGAAGGUAAGUAUAGAAAACAAUCAACUAGAAAAUCAUAUAAAGCUGAUGUUUGUGGGGUCUAAUGACUUCAGCCGUGUUUCUAAAUAUCAACCUCCCCGGGGUUUCGCAGUUGUUCAUUUCUUGCAGAAGAAAAUAUUGGUAUUUGCUAAAAUGGAGCAACCAACAGAAACAUUUUAUUUUAUUCCCUGAACUGCUGGCGAUUUUACAUUUUAACGUGACUAGCACAUCACAUUAUGGAUAGCUAACAAAGGUUACUUUAAAAAAACAAAACCAAACCCCCCCCCACUUUAACUUUUUUCUUUUUUCUUUUUUUGUUAUUUAAAUUGUUUGACUUCUACUAUUAUCAACGUAAAAAUGAAUUUUAGUAGAGGAUUGCUGAUGAAUUUCACCUAAUCUCCCGAAAGCGGCUCCAAAUCGGCGGGCAGAGAGAGACUCACACACCCCAGGUGUGCGACUACUAUUCGUCACAGCAGUGUGCAGUGCAAAGUCAGCCUGUAUCCUACUCAGGCAGGUGUGACACAGUUGCAAUCGCUGCACUGUCACCGUGUUGCCCCUCUGCUAAGGUGUCCUGUCCCGCGGUGCCCUGCUCACUUGCCCCUGUCCGUAUUAUUGUUGUUGUUGUUGCUGCUGCUGCCUGGUGCAUUGUUCGGGCUGACGUCAAGUGACGCACAAAGGGGCGGGCAGUCGCUGACUAGCACACACUCGGUAAUUAGACAGGAGAUUGUCUUGCUUUUUUCUCGUCAAUUUUGUGCUUUUUUUCAGUCCGCCCCCCUUGACUUAUACACUUAUAAUUAAAAAAUAAAAAUAAAUAAAAUUCUUCCUCAAUGACAGUUUCUGUGUCAGUACAGUAGUAGCAAAAGAAGGAAGUGUGAGCGAUGUCUCUCCACUUUCACAACAAAGAAGCGGUAUGGCGGAGAAGACGCUACUAAGAAAACAAAAGCCAAAUCAAAUUAAGCCAGAACAAGCAACUGAGGCGAGGGCAGCUUUAGGAUUUGGAGUACAGCAGCCAGAAGUGGCGGAACACCGCCAGUCUGCGUUUUGAACACUUCGGUGCCCUUUUUAGCACGCUAUUUUGUUUUCGUUUUAUUUUUUGUCUACACUUGUUGGUGUUUUUUUUUUUGUUUUGUUUGUUUUUUGUUCUUAUUUCUGCGCAAACAUGGGGUUUUAAAAACAGCCGUCUUUUUUCUUUUUAAUUUUUCGCACGAUAUGGGUUUUUGUUACUCUUAUUUGUAACGCAGAAAUACACUUUUACUUGUUGUGCUUAUCGUUACUAACUUAAUUAAUAGCAAAUCUCUGGAUAUACUAAAUGGGUGCCAAACAAAGUACCGGUAGCCCGUCUGCCAACGGCCGAACAAGGGCUUAUUCGGGGUCGGACCUGCCUUCCAGCACUUCUAGCAGCACUGAUGCCAGUCGAACUGCAGCACUGGCGAUGAGGUACGGUCAUUACGGGCCGUCCACGCAUGGGGCCUCGGGAGCCACUGCCGCGGCUGCUCAUCAUCUUGGCCAAAGGACCCGGUCCAUGGGGGGCGGUGGAGGUGGGUCAGGCACCCGAGCCCAGGCGCUGAACCAGGCCGGGCUCAAUAUCCCCAACAGCAGUGGUACUUACAGUUCCCAGGAGUCCGGUAACGGCACCCCAGAAGACAAUACUGGCGAACGGGACAGGUCAAGCGGGGGUCACGGGGCGCCCAGGCUCUUGAUAGGCUCGCUUCCUGCACACCUCUCACCUCAUAUGUUUGGAGGAUUCAAGUGCCCUGUGUGUUCCAAGUUUGUUCCUUCAGAUGAAAUGGACUUGCACCUUGUUAUGUGUUUGACAAAGCCAAGGAUAACAUACAAUGAGGAUGUAUUGACUAAAGAUGCUGGGGAAUGUGCAAUAUGCCUGGAGGAGCUGGUGCAGGGAGACACCAUUGCACGUCUGCCAUGUCUAUGCAUAUACCAUAAAGGUUGUAUAAAUGAAUGGUUUGAAGUGAAUCGGUCGUGUCCUGAACAUCCUUCAGAUUAAAGCGCUUCAAUUCUAUUUGCACAGGUUUCCUUUUUCCCUGUUGGAAGUGAUCUGCACUAAUAACGAGAGACUCUGCAAUCUUUUUAGGACUUAUGACUUACUGAAUGAUGGCUAGUACAUGAACUGCAAUUAAACUACACUGUCUUCAAGAAAUCAUCCUCAUGAUUCAAGCCAGUUGCCACAGCACUUUGGUGUGCCAAAACAUAUUAAAUCAACCAUCAGGGAUUACAUACAUGCAUACAAGCAAGCAAGCACACACCCA